AUGCCGUGUUACCUAUUCAUCAAAGUAGGUGCAUGGAUCGACGGAAAGAAAGAGACCUUCCACGAGAAGCGCGGGAACUUCCACCAGGCGCAGGGCGCCCGCCUGCGACUCUUCGCGUGGGAUCUGGCUGCCCGCAAAUUUGAAGAUCCAUUCGAACUGCAGCAGGGAGUCCAACUAUGGCGCAGCAUGAUAUCCCUGAUCCAGAACGACAACGACCUCAACUUCGAGAUCCAGCACGAGGCCGCUCUGCAGCACAAACACCAAGUCCUGGACGCGAUGCUCCGGCAUCUCGCCGACACUAGCGAUGUAGGGUCUGAACCCAUCUUCUCGGCCAUGUCGCAGAUGCAGGCGAUCGAGAACGAGCUGUGCACGGUCCACGAGCAGAUCUGGAAGCUCGAGCGGAAGGCGCACCGGAUCCUGCGCAAAUUCCCCGUCAGCUUUGGGCCAGUCAAACGUGCGGUGUGCGCCAACCGGGCCAGGCCGGACUGGCAUCUGACGGAAUUCCUGCGGGAGGACUGCGAGGGCCGCGGCGGGUGCUGCGGGCGCGGGUGCGGCUGUUGCGCCGGACCCCGCAGCGCGCACCGGGCGAAAUGGGGCCAUUGCACCGCCGCCUGUGUGUGUUGUGAGCGGGCCCGUGGCUUUGCGGUGGGCAAGCACGUUCGCUGGGAGCCCGUUCGUCUGCCGGCUCUGGAUGAUGCCGAGUGGAUCACGGGGGACAUGCUGCAGCUGUUGGUCGCCUACGCGUUUGGGCUCACGGUGGAGGAUGACUGGCUUUGA